AGCUGAAUUUGGUAGUUUCUCCCAAUCCUACGAAAGAAUUUCCUCAAGUUUUUUAAAUUGUCUGGAUCUCCCGACUUGUUCUUUUGGGGGAAAGAUGAUGUUUACCUCUUUCAACACGGAGUGCGAUUCCUCCUCUCGCUGCAGCACCGCUUCUCCUUCCGGGGACACUCUGGGAUACUACCCGUCUCCAGCGGGAUCUUACUCCAGCAUGGGAUCUCCCCAAUCUCAGGAUUUCACCGACCUGACAGCAUCAAGUGCCUCCUUCAUCCCCACCAUCACAGCUAUUUCAUCAAGCCCCGAUCUGCAGUGGCUGGUCCACCCUUUGAUCUCCUCAGUGGCCCCUUCUCACCGAGCUCCCCCCUACAGCUCCAGCCCUAGCCCUGCAUACUCUGUACCAGGCAUGAGGUCUUCAUCCAGGGGGCAUAACUCCAACAAGAGGGGCAGAAUGGAACAGGUGACACCUAUGGCGGAUGAGAAGAAAACAGUUCGCAGAGAGCGAAACAAGCAGGCAGCAGCAAAAUGCCGCAACAGGAGGAGAGAGCUCACAGACACUCUGCAAGCUGAAACCGAUCAGCUCGAGGAUGAGAAGUCCAGCAUACAGAACGAUAUUUCUAAUCUUCUAAAGGAGAAGGAAAGGCUUGAGUUCAUUCUGGCUGCCCAUCACCCCAUCUGCAAAAUUCCCUCAGCGCUGGACACCGACUUCUCCGUGAUCUCCAUGUCCCACCCCUGCCUCUCCACUGAGAUGUCGACACAGACCAUCAUCUCAAAGGCAACUCCUAUCGCUUCUCGUCAGCCAACCUUCACCUCAACCUCCAACUCCAUCUUCUCCAGCAGCGCGAUCAAGAUUUCAGACCUGGAUUCCUCCGUCCUGGAGGAGUCUCUGGAUCUGCUGGCAAAGAAGGAGACGGAAAUGGAAACGGAGAUGGAGACGGAGACGGCGCGGUCAGUGCCGGAGGUGGACCUGUCCAACACCCUCUACACAACUCAGGACUGGGAGAACCUUCACGCCUCAGCCAAUAACAGUGACUUUGAGUCCCUGUGCACGCCCGUGGUCACCUGCACACCAUCAUGCACCACCUACACAUCAUCCUUUGUGUUUACCUUCCCAGAGGCAGAGACCUUCCCCACCUGUGGCAUCGCCCACAGGAGAGGAAGCGGCAGCAACGACCAGUCCUCUGAUUCCCUCAGCUCCCCAACCCUGCUGGCCCUUUAAAUACUCUCCCAACAAUAAGUGGACUUCCUAUCAAGCACAUGUGUACGAGAUAGAUGUGCAGAGCACAGGACUAUUGAAAGGACUUUUACCAGGAAGCAAAUUCUUUACAAUUUUAUUUGCCUUAAUAUAUACUUGCCUAUUACACCGAUGUAGCAAGUUUUAAAAAGCAUGUUUCAACUAAUACCACCUAGUCGUAUUGAGUUCAUAUGAUUGUAAUGGUGCUAUAGAUAACAAAACGUGUUGUAGUGUUGUGUUCAGAGCAAUAGUUAUUAUUGAUCCAGUUUGUUUUCUGGUUGAUGGAAUGUGAGAAUAAUUGUGAACUGUUUGUGAAAAGAAAGAAGAAAAAAAACUUAAAACUGAUGUGUUUUGUCUUAACCAUGAUGGUCUUUUCUGUGAAAACAUGAGUGGUUAUAAUUUAUUAAAUUUAUUUUUUUACAUAGAGUGAAGAAGAAUGUUGUUUGUAAAAUAUGUAAAUAAAAAAUAGUGAUCUUUAA